AUGGCGCAGGCCUCGGCGGUGGCGGCGGCGCUCCGCCGCCUGAGGCGUCCCCGCGAUCCCUCCGCGGCGCUUCUCUCCUCGCGCCUGCACUCUCGCUUCCUCUCUCCCACCUCUACCUCCUCUCCGGUGGCACCGCACGGGCCAAAGCAGCCCGCCGGGAAUGGCGCUUCCGCCACCAGCAGCCCGUGCACCGUUGACAAUGACAAAGCCGCCCUUCUGUCUCGCAGCUCCGCGGCUACCGCGUCAAGCGAGAGCACGCCCGCGUCGCAGUCUCAGCUCCUGCAUUUCAUCAAAUCCGCAUUUGGCACACUCGAAGGACAAAAUCAUUGUUGGUUGAAUGCCACGAAUGGCAGUUGGAAGACUUUUAAUCAAGAAGGAAUAUAUCUUGUUCUUUUGUAUGACUCAUGUGAAGCAUUAGACGGCCACGGCAAACAUUCAGCUGCUUUUGGAAGAUUGAAAUAUCUUCAACAGAGGUACCCACACCUGAAUGUGUUUGCUAUGCAAUACGGGAGUGAUAUUAGCUCCUUUGCUGCUCAAAGCCAAGCAGUUCGUUCAAUAAUGAAAGAGUACAUUACAUUUCCUAUCUUAUUGUCAGACAAAGACUUUACCAACAUGACAAAUGGUGCUUGCUACUUGCUAUUUGAAGGUUCUAAAGAUCAUGCACUCAUCACAAAAUUGGAUGGGGAACCUGAGCUCGUGAUCAGGGGCAUGGAAGGAUUUAGUGCAUUGAGUGCAGAGCCUUCUGAAAAUGUUAUAGACUCGGGAGUUCCUUGGCAGAAAGAAGAGGUUGUCAAAGAGCCAUAUGUAGGUUCUUUCAGAAACAUGUUACUUUGUCAUCCAGGAUGCGUAUCAGUUGGUGAAGAUGGAGAUCGCAUUUUUAUCUCCGACAGUAACCACCAUAGGAUCAUCAUUAGCAACAGUGAUGGGAUGAUUUUAGACUCUAUUGGAUCCUCCCCAGGCUUUGAGGAUGGUGAAUUUGAAUCUGCCAAGUUGUUGCACCCUGCUGCAUCAUUUUACCAUGCUGCUGAAGAUUGCCUAUAUAUUGUGGAUUCGGAGAAUCAUGCAGUUAGAAAAGCAGAUUUUGGAAGAAGAAUUCUGGAGACAGUUUAUCCUGUCUUUAAUAAAAAAGGCAGUGACAUCUGGAGUUGGAUUGUUGAUAAGCUUGGUUUCACAAAAGAAGACACUUCAAAGAGAGAAGAUGUUUUAAACAUUCAAGAUAUUGAUGCAGACUCAGUAGUUUUUCCUUGGCAUUUACUCCAAAUUUCAGAGGAUGACUUGUUAGUGGCUGAUCGUAACUUUGAAACAGCAUGGAUUCUGAGGAUGUCAACUGGUGAAAAACAAAAUAGUGUAAGAGGUAGAGCUGGAGUAAUGGAGUUAUGUCAGCAAAUGAUUAAUGAGAGGCGUGCUCUCCUUAAGGAUGUGCACAUGAAUGGGUCAUCAGGUGAUACAGAACAUUCUAAUCUGUUGGAGAAGAUCCCCUGCAAUGACCUGGUAUCGUCAAUCUCAAGAUCUGAGAAGUGCAUUGUCUUCUGCGAUACAGACGGUCAAAGAGUUCUGAAGUACGACUUGGAUACCAAGGAAACCUCGAAUAUUCAUUUUACGAAUCUUGGAAUCCUUGGCUUGCCAUAUUGGUUUGUUUGCCCUCUCGAGAGAGUAUCUACCUGGGGACAUUCAGUCGGACAAUUUCAAGAGCAUAGCCGUAAAGUAAAUGUGCUCCCUGGAAGAUGCAACAUCAAGAUAUCUGUAGACAUCCCAGUUGAUACUGAGCUUGCCGCGCCUUUGGUUGAGAGCUGCAUUUGGCGCCAAGUAAGGGGAUCUGGUGCUGAGAUUGCUGACUCUGACGGACAAGAUACAACCUCUGAAAAGGUUGGUAUAGCACAACAAUGGUAUGAUGAGAUAGACAACCUAGCAUUUUCUGAAGCUGCCGAGGAACCUGCUGUGCAUAAAGAUGAUGAUAAACCUGCAGAUGAAAGUCACCAAGACCAGAAAAGUGUGCAGUUCACUUGUGCAAUUAAUGUCAGCCCUGGGACCUGCGAGCUGGUGGCCUCUGCGGCGUUGUACCUGAAGAUCGACCGAACAAAAGCCAAACACGAGGACCAGAAAGCAGCAAUCAAGAGGAUCCUUCAGUGUCAUGGCCGUGAGGAGCAUGUGGGGGUCGAGCUCCUGACGGAGAAUCGCGGGGAUGCGAGGGAUCUGGUCAUGAUGAAGCCAGUUCAUCUCAGGCUGAGGAUGGAUUGCGCCGAUCACCCUGCUGGAACCACCAACAAGGAGACCAUCAGUACUGAGUCCAGCCUUGAUAUCAGCAUCUCUUUAGAGUAGCCAUUUUCAUAACUUAGGUGCAGGAUGCAUGCUAGAGCGUCAGGGUAGAAUGGUUUGUUUCCCGAGAGACCAGAGAUCCUGGGGAUCUUUGCUCCAGAUAAAAGAUAUCCAGCCAACUUGCGGUAGUUUUCUACUCCUAGCUACCAUAUAAUUUUGCCGAUAUGCCAUGAUCACCUGUCUACAGAACACGUGAUUUGAGAUUAACAGAUUUGCAGGAAUACCGAGAAUACAUGGGAAAUUUUUGUUCCCACCAAGGAACAGGAAGACUGGAAAUUUUGUAAAAUGAUGCAUAAGUUACAUGUAUACAUUUGCGUUAGCAUGUACUGAUUUGUACUAUUGUUGCCCAGAACCGGGUGAUCACAUCAUAAAGGUCAAACUGAUUCUUUUGGUGCCCUUGUUACUUAUGGGUUCCUGUCAACAAACAUGGAUCGUGUGUAUGAAGUAUGC